AACUCUCAAGCCAAGGCUCCUCAGUCCUCGUCCAUAUCUGAGUUGUGAUUUUACCAAAUAAGCCCUUGUUUCCUCAAUUUACCGCUACAUUCAUGGGCUAAUUUGGAAGGAACCCGCGCCAACAUAUUCAUCCGAAUUCCAACAUUACCCUCUAAUUCAAUCUCCGGCAAGCUUCCUUGCAUUUCAAAUUCCCAGAUCUUGUCUCACAAGUUCUAUAAAAUUCUCAAAUUGCCUACGUUUUUCUGCAACAGAAAUCCGAUUCCUAAUCUGCGCUCUUGCUUUCAAUCCCAAAAAAAACCCUAAAAGUUAGUUCUAGUCUUCAAUAUGCCUUCAAUUCCAGAGGAGCCACUUCUUGCCCCGAACCCGGAUCGGUUCUGUAUGUUCCCCAUCCAGUACUCGGAAAUCUGGGAGAUGUACAAGAAGGCGGAGGCGUCCUUCUGGACUGCUGAGGAGGUUGACCUCUCGCAGGACCUCCGUCAAUGGGAAUCCCUAACUAACGACGAAAGUCAUUUCAUCAAACACGUGCUUGCGUUCUUCGCAGCCUCUGAUGGGAUCGUGCUUGAGAACCUCGCCGUCACGUUCAUGAAGGAGGUCCAGGUCGCGGAGGCCCGGGCCUUCUACGGCUUUCAGAUAGCGAUCGAGAAUAUCCACUCUGAGAUGUACAGCCUCCUUCUCGAGACAUACAUCAAGGACUCGCACGAGAAGAAUCGCCUUUUCCACGCCGUGGAGACCAUCCCUUGCGUGGCCAAGAAGGCCGAGUGGGCGUUGAAAUGGAUCGACGGCUCAGAGUCCUUCUCCGAGUCAAUACAUCGAAUUUGUGGCUGAUAGGUUGUUGGGUGCGCUCGGGUACGGGAAGAUGUACAAUGUUGCAAACCCUUUUGAUUGGAUGGAGCUGAUCUCACUGCAAGGAAAGACCAAUUUCUUUGAGAAGAGAGUAGGGGAUUAUCAGAAGGCUCAGGUUAUGUCAAGCCUGAAUGGCAAUGGCGGAACCCAUGAGUUCAAGAUGGAUGAAGAUUUCUAGGUAUGGCUGGCAGUUUUCCGUUACAGACCUCUGGAAUGCUAUCAAGAGAGUAGUUCCUUCACAACUUUGAAUGAUCGCUUCUCCUUCAUCACUUCC